AUGGUGGAAGAUUAUGAGCAUAUUUGUGUCAAUUGCAAACACUUGGUGGACAUCAUCAAUCAACUCAAUGCUUGGGGUAUUCCUAUUCCUACUUUUAACUCCUUGGAUCAUUGUUUAACUGAACUUAAACAAAUUUAUGGUAAAAAUCUGGGAGUGGUACAGAUUUAUUAUACCAUUGUUUACUUCUCUUGGAAGAAUAGGAACGAGAUAAAGCAUGGAAAAUCUGCUCUUCCUUAUUAUGUUGUAGCUGCUAAUGCUUUAUUUGUAGCCAUCACUAAAGCUACGUCUUAUCUUUCUUACUGGAGCACUAAUCUCCUUAGGGAGUCUUCUAUUUCUUGGUGCCCCCCACCGAAAGAUUGGAUGAAAAUCAAUGUUGAUGCUUCAUUAACUCCUUCGGGACUAGCUGGUAUUGGUGGAAUCUUCCGAGAUUGCUUUGGGAGAUUCAUUCUUGCAUUUGGGAGAACAUUGAUACAUUGGGAUAUUGCUCAUUUGGAGUUGGAUGCUAUACUCUCGGUCAAAGAUUAUGUCAAAAGCUGGAUGAAAGAUUACAAAGGAGUCAUUAUUGAAAGUGACAAUUUGAAUGUUAUCAAAUACAUUCAAAAUUCUUUGAAGCAAGACAAAGGUGCUAUGACCCUCAAGCUAACAAUUCACGAGUAUGAAAUGGGGGCAUCCACACUCGUACCAAAUGAACCAUGA